AUGAUCGGGGACUCGGGAAUUAAGACUUUUACUACAUCGCGGCGUUCAGCUCAGGAGUCGUACCAGCUCACCAGUGCAUGCAACGUUACGAUAUGUGCACGUGUCAAUGAGGGUCUCGAGAUUGCUAUCGAUACGGUGACGGUGACCGGGGGGAUCAUCGUGCUUCGAACGGCACAGAAUAGUAAUUUAGUCACCGCAGAAUGGGGCGUUGACUUGCACACCUUGGCAAUGCGCCGCGCAGCCUGCAGAGAACUCCGACUACAUAGCCACUUUAGGAAACAUGAUCUGUCGGUGACGAAAGGGGCGGAGCCUAAUCGCACGAUUGUGAAUCCUUGGCAAAUUCGAAACAGAAGGUCUUUCACGGCGGAUCAUCCGAAAACAGAUGAUGCCACGACCCGUGAGCACACGCGUGGAGUUGUAGCGGGAUUUCUGCCAGAGGACUCAAGUACGGGCUUAGCAAUGCCAAGGCUUCAUAUAGCCGGAGCUAACUCAGCUGAGUCUUGCCUGAACAGUGAAAGUGACGCAGCUGAUCUGCCAGAGUCCCGGCUGCCAUCUGCCGCUAUCUCGUCACAAGCGGUGACGGGGGCAACGUGUGACGUCCAAGUCUGCGCGCGUAGGGAGACGGAAUAG